AUGUGGAUCAUGGUGCUAACAGAGGCUGCAAUCCACAUCUCCAUGGUCUUCGGUGGUGAUGCUGGGAUUAUUUAUGGAAGAAACGGAGAUAAUCUCCCAUCCCCGAAACGAGUAAUUGAUUUCCUCACCAAGGACAUGAAUUAUGCAAUUUCAUUAGUCCGGGUCUAUGAUGCUAAUAUGGAAAUUUUAGAAGCACUAAGUGGGACCAACUUGGUUGUAACCAUUGGGAUUCCAAAUGAGGCAAUUGCACAUGUAGCAUCUAGCCAGGAAGCUGCUGACAAAUGGUUUCAAGACCACAUACUUGCUUAUGUUCACAAGGGUGUCCGGUUCCGAUAUAUUUGUGCUGGCAAUGAGGCAAUUCCUGGUGUUGUUCAAUCUCUUGUACCACAAGCAAUUGCUAAUCUCCACAAUUCAGUAAGGAAUGCAGGCAUAGAUUAUAUCUAUGUUACAACUGCAGUUGGGGGUAAAGUUCUAGAGAGGUCUUAUCCUCCCUCGGCUGGUCAAUUUUCGAAUGGGGUGGACAAAAUUAUGAAUAACCUCACAAGUUAUUUGUAUAGUAUAGGUUCCCCAUUAUUGAUCAAUGUAUAUCCUUACUAUGCCCUGGUCUCGGAGCCACAACAUAUUUCGUUAGAUUAUGCCUUAUUUCAGUCGCAAACACCUGUAUUUAUAGAUGGGAAUUUGGAGUAUUACAAUCUUUUUGAUGCUAUGGUAGAUGCAUUUGUAGCAGCAAUGGUAAGGGUGUUGCAAAAAGAGGAUGUCAAACUUGUCGUUGCCGAAACCGGGUGGCCAACUGACGGUGUUGGGCCGCAUGCCAGCACUGAAAAUGCUAAAAUCUACAACUUCAAUCUAAGGAAGCAUGCAAUUGAAAAAGGAUGCACGCCAAGAAAGGCGGACAUUAAUUUGGAGGUUUACAUCUCGGAAAUGUUCAAUGAGAACCUGCUACCGGACGAGGUUGAGAGAAAUUUUGGAACUUUUUAUCCCAACCUCACUGAGGUAUAUCAGUUGUGGCACUAA